CAUCUGGGGCUGUCAUAGUGCCCAGCACGGCUGUCUCUCAAUCUCUUCUCUCCUUAGCCUGUGGCUUUUGUGCUACAGCUGCAGCAGGACUGUGGUACCUCAGGUGUUAUACCCAGGAAUCCAUGUUGACAGACCUUCAGUACUGGCAGGCGGCCCUGAGUCCCAGUGAGAAAUUCUGCCUCAAAAACCAAGAUGACAGCUCCUGAGGAAUGACACCCAAGUUUCCUCAAAUUGGAGUGGUGCAGAAGACACCAGAAUCCAUCACAACUGCUACCCUGAAGGAAAUCCACUGUCCAUACUUGUCUCAGCAGGUGGAGAGGAAGCUGCCGCCAAUCUACAAAAUCCGAGAGAAGCAAGCAGCGAGCAAAAGCAGCUUCCCUUUUUCUAUGCAUGACAAUCGCCACAGUUUUGAGAACUCUGGAUACUAUUUUGACGCUGGCUUGGGACGCAAGAAGAUCUCCCCAGAUAAAAGGCAACACAUUUCUAGAAAUUUCAAUCUCUGGGCCUGUGACUUCAUCCCAUCGCAUUUUGAUGGCCUUUCAAAUAACCAAACAUCCUAUGUACAUAAGGAAGCCAGGGUAAUCGCAACUUUCCGACGCUUCCCUAGAUGUUAUGAUGAAAAAUGGAGUGCCUUCAAGUUUAUUAACGAACAAAACUAUGCAGAGUUUUUGAAAAAACAGGAAGAACAGCCAAAUGAGGAGUUUUCUGUUGACACAGAGGCCGACUCUCCACAGGAGCCCUAAUCCUUCCAGAAGAUUCUUGAUGAGCUUUGUGAUGUCAUCUCAUCAGGCAUUCAUAAAGUACGUCUCUGACCCAACCCUUCUGUGAUUUUCAUAAGGCUAAAGAUAUUCAAGUUCUUACAGAGUUGUAUGAAGCUGUACACACGUGUAAAUAAACUGUUAAGGUUGUCACAUUUA